GUGACCCCAGAGUGGCCCCGCUGUGUCAAACUGUGAUGUAUGUGCAGUGACGCAGCGGCCAUUUUCCCGCUGGACGCUGCUUCCUAUUGUGGAUACGAAGAACAAAACAGUCAAGCGAAACAUUACUGACAACUUACACGCACUUUCACUCCAGGUGACCUGUAACAGUAAGAGCCAUGGCCCGUACCAAGCAGACUGCCCGUAAGUCCACUGGAGGCAAAGCCCCACGUAAGCAGCUGGCCACAAAGGCCGCUCGUAAAAGUGCCCCUUCCACCGGUGGAGUCAAGAAGCCCCAUCGUUACAGGCCUGGUACUGUGGCUCUGCGUGAGAUCCGUCGUUAUCAGAAGUCCACUGAGCUGCUGAUCCGUAAGCUGCCCUUCCAGCGUCUGGUGAGGGAAAUCGCCCAGGACUUCAAGACCGACCUGCGUUUCCAGAGUGCGGCCAUCGGAGCCCUGCAGGAGGCCAGUGAGGCCUACCUUGUGGGUCUGUUUGAGGACACCAACCUGUGCGCCAUCCAUGCCAAGCGUGUCACCAUCAUGCCCAAAGACAUCCAGCUGGCACGUCGUAUUCGUGGAGAGCGUGCCUAAAACACUUGCCCUUCUUCUUCACCUUUUUUCCUUCCUUUACUAUUCUGUCUCCCCGUCCCUCCAACCCUAACAAGCCGCCUCACCCCUCCCUUCUCCUCUCCCUUCUCUGUGUUAGUAGUGUGUAGAGGAAAGCUGAUUAUAUUAUAAUGAAAGUGUAUAGUUGUGUUUUCUUAGUGCUCUCAGCAGCAGACUCCUAGGGUACUCUAUUUUUAUGCAUGUACCAACUCUGUGAUGAUGAGACCUCGUCCAGCACACGUCUCCCUGUUUGUACUGCUUUUGACUGAGGGAGCUAACAGUUUGUGGCUACAAUGAGGACAACCACAGAUUGUGAUAAUGCAGCUGAGGAAGGGCCAAACAGGUGAAGAGGAUAGGUCUAUAUCUGCUGGAGGGGGUGUCUGUUCUCCACAGCAGGGUGCUAGAAGAACUUGUCCUUUUCUCUUCCCCUGCUUCAUGUCUUCUUCCAGCUCUACUCAGACACAGGCAGUAACAGGAAGAUGUUGGCUUAUUGUUGGCUCUGAUCAGCUCAGAAGAUUGUAUACAGUCCAUUUUUGCUUACCAUAUUAAUCUCUGAUGUUAUCUCCCAUGUCAAGAUUUUUUGUUGAUUUCUUUUUUUUUUUUUUUUUUUUACUGAGGUUAUUUGUUUAGAACAGCUGAGAGGAUGAUUCAGAAUAAAAUGCAGAACAGGGAGGCAGAUUUAUUAUUUUUUACUAAAAUUUAUGCUCCUGACUUGUUCUGACACCGCAGCUUGAUCCUAAUCUCAUAGGUGUUUAUUUCCUAACUAAAUAAGUCAAAUCUCUCCUAUUAUUUGUUGGGUUUAAAUUGGUUUCAACUAUUUCUUUAAAGCCAAAGCAGAAAGGUGUCAGAUAUUUUUUGUAGCAGUGCUUCACUGAAAAUAAAGCAUCUUUGUUUAGCAAAGAUUAUGUGGAGGUUUAUAAUGUUCUCUAAAACCAAAAUAACUCGAGUAUAAUUGAUUUUUUUUUUUUUUUUUUUAUAAAAGCAAAACCAGUAAAUAAAAUGUAUUCUAAAUUCAUGUGACGCAGGUAAUAACGUAAUCUUUUUUUUUUCUGUAUACGUCCCCCUGUACAGAAUUUGUUCCCCUUUGGAUCCAGUUGAUCAUGUUUCUCAGGUCACUCUUUUAACAUAAUUUUUCAUUUGUUUCUGUUAAUUUUGAUUCUUUCUCUUUUUAUUUUUCUUUCUUUUUUUUUUUUUUUGAAAUGUUGAAAAUAAUGUUUGAAUAAACAAUGUUUGUAAUUUCCAGAUUUGUCAUAUAAGGUGGUAAUAAAUGGAUGUUACACACA